AUGAAAGCCCUUGCAAGAAGCUGUGUAUGGUGGCCAACUCUUGACGAAGAUAUUGAGAGGGAAGUAAAGAAUUGCGAUCAGUGUCAACUGCAUCAUACAACUCCAGCAGCUGCACCACUCCAUCCUUGGGAGAGGUCAGGACAUCCCUGGACACGCCUUCAUAUUGAUUAUGCAGGACCAUUCAAAGUUGAAAUGUUUCUGGUAGUAGUUGAUGCAUAUUCUAAGUGGCUAGAAGUUCACCAGAUGACAUCCACUACGUCUACAGAAACCAUUGAGAAACUACGCGAGAUUUUUGCCACACAUGGGCUACCAGCAACAGUUGUCGGGGACAAUGGAACAAAUUUCACAAGCAGUGAAUUCGAAGAAUUUAUGAACACAUCAAUGUUUCACCAUACCACCCAGCAUAACAUGUGCAAGCAGAGGCGUGCAGUGUGA